AUACAAUUAUAGAGAGAAGACUAAAUACUGUGCAUAGGCAUGAAGUUCAGAAAGUUAGGGGUCAUCGCGUUUGUUAUAGUCGUCAUGUCAACUCUGGCUCCAACCGUGAUUGGAGGUUCCGGUAGAGAGGAGAAAGCGGCGUGCGUCGUGACAGAACUCAUGUCAUGCCUACCAGCGAUACUCAAGGGAAGUCAGCCUCCAGCAUACUGUUGCGAGAUGCUGAAAGAACAACAUUCUUGUCUCUGUGGUUACAUAAAGACUCCAGCGUUUGGUCACUAUGUCAUCCCCAAAAAUGCUCACAAACUUCUUGCUGCUUGUGGUAUUCCUUAUCCUAAAUGUUGAUUUACAUAUAAUAUAUUGGUGAUCUAGAUCUUCUGUAAUGGUGAUGAUGAUGAUUGAAGAGUUUUUUAUCCGUUAUUAA